GGUCACGUGAGUUCCGGGCAGGGCGCGGGCCGGGCCGGGCCGGGUCGGUCUCUUUGUUUCUCUUCCUUCUCCGGCUUCCCGGGAAGUCACUCUGCCAAGGCAGGAAUGGCGUUCGCCUGCGGAGCGUGGGGCCAGGACGCCUCCAGCCACCCCGCACUCGGCGCGGGGCCCAUUGUGAGCCCGUUCCUGAGCCUCUUGCUCUCCAUCUCCGCGGGGCUGUCCGAGGCCGAGCUCGACUCCAUGAAGUUCCUCUGCCGCGACAAGAUCACAAAGAGGAGGCGCGAGUCUGUGCGGAGCGGUAGGGAGCUCUUCGAGAUCCUGAUGGAGCAGCAGCACAUCGGCAGCGACAACCUGCACUUCCUUAGGAAACUGCUCGAGCACAUCCGCAGGGGCGAUUUGUUGUCACAGCUGGAGCAGUUCGAGGAGGAAGAAGGGCUUGGUGCUCCUGAUGAUCAGCCAGAUGAGCAGGAAAAACGUCUUCUCAAGUUAGCUAAUGAUGUCAUAUGUGAGAACGUUGGGAGAGACUGGAAAAAGCUGCUGCGACAACUUGGCAUGCCAGAAGUGAAACUGGACAGAAUAGAGGCAGACUAUCAAUUUAAAUUGUAUGAGCAGCUUUUCCAGGGACUUCGGGAGUGGCAGAGAUGGAAGGGGAAAGAUGCAAAGGUGGCUGACUUAAUAAAAGCUCUUCGGGGCUGUCACCUGAAUUUGGUGGCAGACUUAGUUGAAGAGAAGAUCUCACAGCUGAACACUGGAGCCAGAUGAAAUCAAUAU